AUGGUCGCCGACGAAGCUUCGUCGUCGGCGACCAUGGAGAUCGACCGGGCUUCGUCGCGAACGAAGCCCCACGGUCGGGCUUCGUUCGCGACGAAGCCCGCUGGGGAGAGGAAGCGCCCGAUCGGGCUUCAAUUACAGACGAAGCCCGAUCGGGCUUCGAUUGAAGACCCAAGGAAGCCCGAUCGGGCUUCGAUUGCAGACAAAGCCCGAUCGGGCGCGACUAAGCCCCACACCCAAUUGGGCUCCCCCGACUGUUGGGCUAUGACACAGCCCGAUUAUCGUUGCCCAACAAAGCCCAAUCAAAUGGCUGAACAACAAACUACAAAAUUUGCUUAUGUUCAUGCUCACCGAAUAUUACCCCCCGGAAUGCGAGUUACUACUCAUUGUGGGAUUAAACACCUUGAGGCGAUGCGUCGUGCUCUAGACCGAUACAAGUUAUUGGAUAGAUUCCUACAGGGCCCAUUAGGACAUUUCUUGAAGAUGCCUUUGUCCCUCCAUUUGACUGCACCACAGUUGAUAUAUCAUGUUCUACUUAGGGAGGUGACAUUUUCGAGUGCCCGCCACGAUGAGAUGUGGUUCGAGAUUGGCGGCACACCAUACAGAUACGGGAGGCAGGAGUUCAUACUUAUUAGUGGACUCCGAUUUGGGGCUAUUGAUAGGGAAAGCCUUGAACCGAAACCUAUUGAGCCGGAGAGUUUACGUGCUCGACUAUUUCCACAACAUAAGAAAGGGGUGACUGGAGACGACCUUGAAUUACUUAUUAGUACCAAAGAGGAUAUGGUUUCAGAGGAUGCCCUGAAACUGAUUUACAUUGCUGUGGUCGACAUGUUUUUGUUGGGCCAGGAUGAGCGUGGGCAUGUGGAUGAUUUCUUGUGGACUAUGGCCGAGGAUUUACAAGCAUUUGAGAUGUUCCCUUGGGGUACAUAUGUCUACAGUAAGAGUCAACAUUACAUCCGGUUGGCCACGAAAGAAAGAAAAUUGACUGGUGAAGGUGGGAAGAAAAUCAACCUUUAUGGUUUUGUAUGGGCGUUUCAGUGGUGGUUGAUCGAAACGUUCCCAUGGAUUCAGAAUAAAUGGGCCGUCAGACCGUCCGAAGCAGACAUUCCAAGAUGCAGAAAAUGA